AUGUCCACAACAACGGAAACCAACCAAGCCGCCUGGCUCAUGUCCAAGCAAGAACGCCCCUUCAAAGUCGACAAAGCCCCCCAACCCGCCCCCGAGGGCCGCAGCAUCGUCAUCCGCAACCACGCCGUAGCCAUGAACCCCGUCGACUUCGGCAUCCAAACCCUCGGCAUCCUCUGGACCACCUUCCCCUGCAUCCUCGGCAGCGACGUCGCCGGCGAAAUCAUCGCCCUCGGCCCCGAAGUCACCCGCUUCAAACUCGGCGACCGCAUCACCGGCUGCGUCGAAGACGGCGGCUUCCAGCUGUACCCGUCCAUCCACGAGUCCGUCGCCUGCAUUCUCCCCUCGCACCUCUCUUACGCGCAAGGGUGCGUGCUGCCCCUGGCGAUCUGUACGGCGGCGGUGAGUAUUUUCCAUCCGAGGAAUUUGGGGUUGGCGCCGCCGAAGGUGGUGGGGGAGGUUGAGAGGAAGGGGAGCGUGGUGUUGGCGUGGGGCGCGAGUUCGAGUGUGGGUGCUUGUGGGGUGCAGAUGCUUAAGGCGGCCGGGUAUGAGGUCGCCGCGACGGCUGGGGGGCAUAAUGAGGCGUUUUGUAGGGAGAUUGGGGUGGAUUACUUUUUUGAUUAUAGGUCGGAGGAUAUUGUCGACCAGAUUGUUACGGCGCUCAAAGAUAAGCCCUUUGCUGGUGUCUUCGCCGCGAUUUUCAUGGGCGAUGUCUUGCCCAAGUGCACGGAUAUCGCUUCUCAGCUGGGGAAAGACGCCGCUUCGCGCGUGGUCGCUACGGUCUUGCCAGAGAGCAUGCCGUACAAAGAGCCCGUGCAAGAAGGCGUGAGAAUUGCGUAUUAUGUCUGGGUGAACUGGUUGCCGGCCGCGUUGGAGAAGGGCCAGAUGAAGUGCAAGCCGGAUCCGGAGGUUGUCGGGCAAGGCUUGGAGAGUAUUCAGCUGGCGGUUGAUACCAUCGGGGCGGGCGUUAGUGCGAAGAAGAUUGUUGUCGAGCUUCCAUAA